UUCAAGCCUGAAGCACCCCCGCAGUUUGCCCCGAAAAGAGCGCCCGGCAACACGUUUUCCUCCACUUUUGCCCUGGAAGGUUAGCUGCCUAGAGCGCUGCCGUCACGUUUUGCAAACACCCCCACCCCCCCUCGACCUGGCAACUCACAGAGCUCAGAUUGGACCUCGACUUUGCCCUGCCGGCAACAUUCCCACCCCACUGGCAGCAACAGCUGCUCCUUUCCGGCGUCCCUCCGGCAAGCAUUCCACCAUCCGGUCUUCGUUCUAGGCUUCUUGUUCGUUUUGAAUCUCCUUAACAGUGGCGGAAUACGGCGGGAAAGAAGUCCUGGUGCAGAUCAACACCUCGCGAAUCGUGCAUCGCGGCGCGCGACGUGCGGCUGUGAUUUGCAUCGCCGGUAGUGCUGAGGACGACACACCGGUGUAAGAGAGUGCGAGCGAGACCGGAAGGCAGGGGCGCAACACCAGGAGGUCGCUGUCGCAACAGAAAGAUAAAAGAUGGAUGUUGAAAUGAAGGGCGUGGUUGCUCCUGAUGCUGCCGGUACCAACGUCACGAUGGACAUGCCGCCUCCUCCGCUGCCGGCUUCUGCUAUUGCGGCUGCCGCCCAGUUACAGCUGCAGCAACAACAGCAACAGCAACAGCAACAACAGAUCCAGCAACAACAGAUCCAGCAACAACACCCGCAGCAUCACCAUCAUCAAUUGCAGCAGCACCCCCAGUCGCCGGUAGCUCUGGCACAACCACAACAACAGCAGCCAUCCCAGGCCCCUCCAGCGGCUCCACCUGUCAAGAGGAGAGCUCCUAUUGCCUGCCGAAGAUGUCGUCGUAUGAGAAGCAAAUGCCACCAAACGGACAAGGGAAAGCCACCUUGCCAAUCAUGCACCGAUGCAGGACUUGGACCAGAAGACUGUGUCUUUCCGGUCCGCGGCCAACCAGAUGAGGACCGCGAAUACCGGCACCCUCGGGUCCGGGCUGAUAAGAAUAGUAAACGAGAGGUUCUCAAGUUUCGAAGGGAUGUCCUGGACCAGCAGCAGCAGCAGCAGCAGCAGCAGAUUCUAGCCAACGGAGCGGUGAUGAGCCCUGGAGGAAAGCUCAUUGCCCGAAGCCCGGACGACUGGGAGGUCCUGCCACCGUUGGAGGAUAUCCUAGACGCAGUGAACAACUUUACGAGACAUUACUUCCAGUUGGGAUUCAUCCCCAAGCAGAGGUUUAUCGAGAAAUUGACGGUUAACCCCCGGUCCGUCAGCUUGUUUCUGCUUCUGGGAAUACUAAGUGUCAGCGCUAGGUUGACGCCGGCGUUGGUCGAACGGUACGGCGGUGCUGUGAACGCGGCCGAGAUCUUCAUGGAGCAUGCUUCGGCUGUGGCAAUGAUGGAGCUAUACAGGGAGCCAAGUCUGGAGAGGUGCCAGGCGUUCUAUCUGUUGAGUAUCGCGCAGCAAGGGAGUGGUCUGACUCACAAGAGCUCGAUCAACAUGGCCGUCGCUAUGAGGAUGGCAACGCUGCUCAAGCUGCACAGGGAGGAGACGUACGUCUUGGUAAACCCAACAAAGGAGCUGGUAAUCCAGGCCGAAUCAGCAAGGAGAACUUUGUGGAUGCUUCACAGCCAGGACAAUUUGCACUCAAGCGCACAGUCGCCUGUGUUGCUGGCAGCCAGCGACAUCACGGCAUUGCUUCCCUGUGACGAGCAAGACUUUGCGGCGGCUCGGGAACCCCAAUCGAGAGCAGCUCUCGAGGACACCCAACCUGCAUUGGAGAAGCCCGAGCUGAUUGCUGACCCAGGGAGGUCACUGUUUGCGACGUUGAUCCAGGCGCAUUACUACUGGGGCAGGAUCUCUAGACGGGCCAUCAGUCACGAUAAGAGCGCGAGACCGUGGGAGCCAACCAGUCAGUAUGCUGUCCUGGAAAAGAAACUGGCCGAGUGGGAGGCAUUGCUGCCGAAUGACCAUAGGUGGAGCAGCCUGUUGCUGAAGGGCUACAAGCAGGAAGGUCAUGAUCUGGCAUAUCUCGGAGUGACCAUGACGCCACGGCUCUGCAACAUUGUGCUCCGUAAGGCGUACAUACACAACAUGAUCAACCAUGGCACUUCAGACGCGACCUUGGCGCGCUUUUGGAAUGAUAUGGCGCAAGAGCUGUUCAGAAAUGUCAAGGAGUUGUAUGAGCAAAUCCAGAUCCAGUAUGGAGACAGAGCUCCAGACGAGGGUCCCGGAGCCCAGAUGGCUGCUUUCUGUGUAUAUACAUGUGGCUUCCUGGCAUGCUAUCUGUGCAAAUAUCCCAAGUUGUGUGCCGACUCUAUUCUCGUGCGUGAUGCUCCGCAAAUUGUCCAGCGCAUCCUCGGUAUCCUGAACGAGAGCAAGAACAUCUGGCCGCUCGCGUCUCGGUGGUUCGACCACCUGGAAAAGUUUUCAAGAACGAAAACAGGAAUGGCAGCAGAAACGCAGGGCAGCAUGGCUGAUAGCGUGAGUGCUCCGAGUUCGAACAGCACACAAGCCCCCCCCAUUUCCUCUCCUCCACCCCCUUCUUCAUCUUCGGGAGACUUAGUGUCUUCAAUCCAGAGAGAUCCAAUCCCUCACGUCCUGCAGCCGGCGCUCAAGGAUGUGUUCACGCCGAUCCAGCCGCGUCUCCUGCCAGCGUCAACUCCUUCGACCGAAGGCGCCAAGAAUCACAACGGUGUGGUGUCCCCAACAUCCACACAAGGCAGCGGUCCAAGCUCUGCCAUCUUGCCGCCACCCCAGGGCCCGCCUCCCUCGGCCAAUUCUCAUCAGUUGUAUAUUGAUCCCAACUUGAGAUUGCCACUGCCUACUGCGCCGCCGCCUCCGCACGCACCUCAGCAGCAACAUCAGGUCCAGUCGCCUCAGCAACAGCAUGCUCAGCAUUCACCGACAGGAGGCGGUAGGCAGUCCACUGAUGGGCUUGGGCUUUUGUUGGAGGCGUUCGAUACUCAUCGGUCGGCUCCAGGACCUCCCGGGCCCGGUCAACAUCCUCACAGCGCUGAGGGACAGGGCCCACCACCGGGCGCCCCGUAUGAUCCUCAGGCGGCACCGCAGCCAUAUUACACGCAGCAUCAAGGGUUGCCGAUGAAUGACGGGUAUGAGAACGAGUUGGGGUAUUACAUGAGCGAUGGGGUGCCUCAAACUAUGCAGAACUGGGUUGGGACGCCGCACAUGUACACGGGGUACUAG